UUCAAUAUCCUAAGGGGGGGCGCUUCAAUAAAUCGAUUAAUCGAUUUUUUAACAAUGUUCGUUUCCGUUGAAUAUAGAAACAAAAAUUAACUGGUGUUGAUUCGCAUUUUAUUUCUGAAUUGUUAUUUAAUUUUUCAAUGUUUUAUUCAACUGAACUUCUUUCUCUUCGAAGGAAAGGUAAAUUGGCGCGAUGUUGGUUAGCUGCAACUUUUAGUGAAAAAAUGUUUAAAAAAACUUGUAAACCGGCAUUAAUUAAAAAAAUUAAUGUAUCCUAUAUUUGCAAUGAAAUUUUAUCAACAGUUGAAAUACGGAAUGACAAAAGUUAUGGUAGAUUCAGUCUUUAUCUUUCUUCCCAAUUAAUGUAUGGUGCUACGAAAAUACUUUUUUAUCAAACAAAAUACUUUCAAGAUUAUCUAUUUGAAGUAAAUUGGAAAUUACAUGAAAUAAAUAGAUAUAAAGAAGAGUUAAACGCAGUAAUGUCAUUAGAAUUACCGGAAAUUCCUCCUAUAAGCGAAGUCUUCCGAAAUUUAGAAAUGUCAUCAAAUUUGCAUUUAAUUAUCGAAGAACCAUAUUCUUCUGCCAUAGAAAAUUUGAUACAAAGUGAAAUGAAUUUUGGGGCAUUACCAACUCAUGAAAUGGAAAAAUUUAUAUUACCUGAAGUGGAAGAAUUAUCUCUAAAUGAAAUACGAAGAUUUCAUUGGGAUCAGUCAUUAGAAAUUCCUAACGAAUCCAUACAAGUUCCUUUAUUAGAUGUUAAUAAAUUUGAAAUUGAAACUGAGAAAGAAACACGAUUAGCAUCUGCUGGAAGAGAUCAACCCGAAUCAUUUUUUAUUUUUGAAAAUCAUCACAUUAAAAAAAGUAUUCCCGUAACUCCUAAAAAAAGAACAAAAUCUCCAAUAGAAAUUCCAAUAAAAAGAAGAAAAAUAACUUCUGCAGAAGAAUUAGCUGCAAUUGAACUAUUCCCGGCAUCAAUAACUGAAAUUAUACAUGCACCUGAUUUACCAUCUGAAUUGCAAAAAGAAGUUUUUCCUGAGUUUCAAAAUAUUGAAUUGAAUAAAAUAAAAACAACAAAAAAAAAAAAAACAUAUUUAGAUAAACAAACUAAAUUAACGGAUACUAUUAUGCGAAGAUAUAUUGAAAAUGUUUAUGCUCAUACUCUAAAAGAGUUUCGAUUUACAACUAUUUUACCAUCAGCAAAGCAUUAUUUGAAACAACCUUCAAUGAAAAUUAAUAAUAGAUCGUGGGGAAAAACAUUAAUUGAAUUUUUUAAUCAGUAUUUUAAAAAGCCUUUAAUAGUUCAAAAUGAAUUUCAAGAUAUGCUUGACUUUAAAAUGAAAGAAACAAUAGUUGAAGAAACUAUUCGUGCAGAUGAUUCAAAUCGAUUACGAGAUCAAAUAACUGAAUUAUCAAGUAAAAUUAUGAUUGCUACAACUGAAACGAUUGAUGUAUCUAAGACAUUAGAUAAAAUAUUUCCAAUAGAAAAUAUUGAAGUGAAAGAAUUUGAAGAGCAAACAAAAGAAAUAAAAGAAUCUGAAGCAGUUUUAAUUUCUGAGAUUACAAGUUUUGAAGAGAAAAUUAGUUCAAAAACAUAUUUGACUAAAAGAGAAUUAUUGGCAUUAAUGGUUAUACAUUGGAAUGAAGGAAUAUUAAUAAAAUUUCAUGAUUUAAUUUCACCAGAAAGUUAUAAUAAAAUUGAUGCUGCAUGCGCUUUUCAAUAUUGUUUAGAAUUUCAUGCAGAAAAAAUUGUAAUAUUGAAACAGGCUGAACCUUUUGACACAAUUUGGAUAGAAAAGUAUCCUUAUUAUGCUUUACAAAAUGAUGAAAACUAAAACUAUAAAAAUUAUAAUUAAUUAUAAUUAAUUGAAUAGAAAUAUAAUAUCAAAUAAUAUAUUUAUUAUAUAAAUUUAUUUUUAUAAAUUAAAUUAUAAAUCUAUUAUAAAUAAUAGAUUUUAUGUAUGAUAAAUAGAAAAUUUCUUUCAUAGAAAAUUAUAUUCUUAUUUAUGUUUUAAAAAGUUUUUAUUGUUUAUAAUUAAAAUUACAAUAUUUUGCAAAAUUAUAUAUAGUUAUAUAUUCUUUAAAAUAAUAUUUUUUUUUAUUAUAGCUUAAAAUCUUUUAAUUAAAUAAAUUUUGAAUAUAUAAGUGUAUAUUAAAGUAUAACUUUUUAACAACUUUAUUGUUUAUAUUUUAAAUAUUUUUAAAUUAUAAAUAUACAUUUUUAGAGAAAUAUAUAUAUAAAUAAAAUAGUUACAUAUAAUAUUAUUGCAAUUUAUAGAUUUUAGAAAAUUAUUAAUUUUAAAACUGUAAUAAUUUUCAAUUAGUAUAAAGUUUAAUAAUAUUGUAAUUUUAAUGUUAAAUAAAUAUAUAUAUAUUUAUCAAACAAUAUAUGUUUCAUAUAUAAAUAAAUAAAAAUAUUUAAUAGAUUUAA